AUGAAGGUGGAGCUUGGGUUUAGAUUAGUGAGGAGGGGCUUGCUGAGAGAAGGUUAUCGGAGAGACUCCCGCGAAGGGGCGGUUUCGGAAGGUGGAGGAGUGUGGUAUCAGAGCGUCCGCGUUGUAGAUGGGGGAGAGAGCUUAGCCCUCUGCUGGUUGGGAACCCAGAGGUUUGGGCGCCGGCCUGGGCCCUUCCGUUUCUCGGGGCAGUUUGGCCCCGCCCCGGGCUCCUGCCGGCUUUUGGGGCGGAGUUCUUCGUCCUUUUCUCAACUUAGCCAAUUUGACAAGAAGUUCUUGUGGUUUGUGGAUCUCAGUUUGAUGUGUCUUUACAUAUUUUCUUCCUGCCAACUGGGUUUGUUUGCUGCUGAGAAAGUUGUGCCUAAUAACCUCAAAAUCUCUGACUUUGGCUUGGCCACAGUGUUUCGGCAUAAUAAUCGUGAGCGUUUAUUGAACAAGAUGUGUGGUACUUUACCUUAUGUUGCUCCAGAACUUCUGAAGAGAAAAGAAUUUCAUGCGGAACCAGUUGAUGUUUGGUCCUGUGGAAUAGUACUUACUGCAAUGUUGGCUGGAGAAUUGCCAUGGGACCAGCCCAGUGACAGUUGUCAGGAAUAUUCUGAUUGGAAAGAAAAAAAAACAUACCUCAACCCUUGGAAAAAAAUCGAUUCUGCUCCUCUAGCUCUGCUGCAUAAAAUCCUAGUUGAGAAUCCAUCAGUAAGGAUUACUAUCCCAGAUAUCAAAAAAGAUAGAUGGUACAACAAACCACUCAAGAAAG